AUGAAUGAGAUCGAGAGUCAUGGUUCAGGGAUAUUGGCAAGGAUGAAAUCGAAGAGCUGGAAGGAUAGGCUGGAUGUGUAUGAGGAGCUUCGUGGGAUUUGGCGAGACGGAGGAGAGGUGGAUAGGGAGGUUGUUAGGGUGAUGCAGAAUGAAAGUAACAUUCCGGCACUUGAGAUGGCGAUAGAUGCGCUUCUGAAUGUACGGGACCUUUGUGUUGGCGACAUUAAGAAGAUAUUUCUGAACAUUGGGAAUGCCAAGACGAGUGUCAAGGCACGGAUGGAUGCGCUUAUUGAUAAUAUUGAGGAUACAGAGGGGCUGGCUGAAGUUUUUUGUGAGCUAAUGAGCGGAAAGUCGCCAAAGAGUGUAUCGGCAGCUGUACAGGCUACUAGCGAGCUUGUUAGGAAGAGAGGAUGUGAUCUGGGAAGAGUUGGCAAGAAGCUAGCGGAGGUGAUGGGCAAUACGGACAAAGGAGUGCGGAAUGAGGGAGCUAAGCUUUGUGUGGAGCUGUACAAGAGAAACGGAGAGUCUGUUUUGGCGUAUUUAGAUGGGCUGAAGCCUAUUCAAAAGAAGGAGCUGAUGGAGGAGUUUGCGAAAUGCGAGGUUGUGUGCAGUGAAGAGGUAUGCUGUGAACCUGAGAAUGUAUGUUUGGAAGUGUUAAAGGAUUGCGAGGAUGAGAACUGGAAGGUUAGGCUGGAGGCAAUGAAGAGUCUAAAGAGGAUUUCGAAGAAUAUGGAAUGUACGGGAGAGAUCAGCAGGCUCUUGAGUAGAAGAAUUGGAGAUGUGAACAAUCAAGUGUUUUUGAUGGCUCUUGAAGUGAUUAAAGAUGCUAAGCCAAGGAAUGCAGAUAUUAUCCGGGGGCUUGUUGAAAGGCUCAAGGAGAAGAAAGGAGGAGGGCCCGAGAAAAUCAAGGAUGUUCUUGAGUGCCUUGGAUUUAGGCUUGAUGCAGGGAAUGCCGAGUAUCUUAGCCAUAGGAAUCCCUGUGUGCGGUAUAACCUGCUAGACUAUUCGAUGAGGAAGGGAUGCAAGGAUAGAAUGUUUCUGAAGAAGGUCGGAGAUUGCAUGAUGGAUCCUGUUGGAGAAGUUCGUGGGAAAGCGAUUGAGGUUGUGAGCAGUGUUUAUGGAAAGUAUGGAGAUGUCUUUGAGGUAAUAACUGACCAGGGAAUAUUGCAGAAGAUUCGAAAGGUGAUAAGCGAAGCAAACAAGCAGCAGAGCAAAGCGGAGAGUGUAGUUGUAAGUUAUAAGAGCGAGAAGCAGACGAUUGCUGAGAGAGCAGGAGAUAGAGAAGCAAUUGGUACGAGUGAGAAAAUAAAAGCGAGGCCGAGCGAUAUUAAGAUGAAUCUGAUGCAGGAAAAGCCCAAGGAGAAUGCAGUGCUGGAUGAUGCUAAUAGUAUGAAGGAGGUGAAAGUUGCAGACAAAGCAAAAGAAAAGGCAGCAGGGGAUAGCUCAAGCAGCAGCAAGAGAAAAUGUGCACAAGGAAAUUCUGAAGUUUUUGUAAAGAGUUUCAAUAAGCAAAGAGUUAAGGGAAGUGGAGCGCGAGAGGAUGUAUUUACGAAGCAUUUUAUUGAAAAGAUGGAUAGGGAUCUAUUUCAUAAGGUAGUUGAGAUGUUUGAUGGGAUUGACAAGGUGGCAGUGAGUGAUUUUUUUAUAGACUAUAUGGUGAAAUCGAAAGCACCAGAAGCACCGAUUAAUUCGAUGCUGCUUUCAUUUAUUUCGAGCAAGUAUAUUUUGAAGGAGUGUGAAUGCAAGCAGCUUGUUGAGUAUCUGCUUGAGGAGGGUAUGUUUGAGGAGUUGAAGAUGAUGGAUAGGGUGUAUCCUGUGACCAAGCUGUUUCUUGUAUAUCAGAAAAUAGGAAGCAAGCAAUCGAAUGAUGAAAUAUUGAAGCUAGUCAAGAAAUACAAGAUGUUUAGAGGGAAUAAGAAGAUGUUUAUUGAUGGAGUUAGAAGGGAUGGAGGAGUAAUUGUUGAUGAUGUGAUAAAGGGAUGUCCUGACUUCCUGAGUUUUGUGGAUGAGCUUGAAGGUAGUUUUAUGUCUACGAAGGAAGCUGAUGCUGAUGAAAAGAUGCAGACUCCAAGUGAAGGAAGAGAAGAGGUGGUUGAGCUACCUGAGUAUGUAAGCAGAGGGGUUUGCGGCAAUGCUGAAGAAUACAUGAAUGCACCGUUUGUACAGAAUGAAUCGUUUGUGGUUGACGAAGUAGAUAUUGAAGCGUCUUUUGAUGCAUUGAGCAUCCACUCGGCAUCUGGGCUUGGAACACCGAAUAGCAAGAAGAUUAGGAGAAGCAUCGAGUUUACCAAUGAAUCUAGGAAGGAGGAGGGAGGACUGGGUGUUGUACUUGACUAUCUUAUUGACUCGAACCCGAAUGUAAGCAAAGUUGCGUUCAAAAGGCUUAUGAGCAUUAUUGAUACGGAUUUGGAGCAGCUACUGGCGUUUUCGAAUUCGAUAGUGAGUUCGAUUUCGAUCCAGUUAUUUGAUGUCCUUCACGAUGGUUUGUUUUCCUCACUGAUUCUACAGGUUUUUUUCAAGCUUAGCCAAAGCCAAGUUUUUUGCAGGCAUCUGAGAAAGGAAACACUUUCUGGGGCAAAUUCUGAUCUUAUUAAGAUAAUGAAGAAGCAUGGAAUGAAUGGAAGGAGUGAAGAGAUGCGGAAGGGCUUACCAAGUAUUUCUGCACAGGACAGUAUGCUUGUUGGAGAGAUACUGAUUAAUCUGUGCCUGAACUCGAAGCCAAGCCAGAUUCUUGAGGUUUAUUUAGAGAUGUUAGAGUGCUCUAAGGAAGAAAUAUUGCUGAAACUUAUCUGGAGGCAUUCUAAAACACUGAAGAUGGAUGAUAAAGACGAGAUUCGCAGGGUACUGUAUGCAUUGAUGAAGUUUUAUGAUAGUAAUUAUAGCAGUGCUGUUUCUGAGGAUGGAGUAGCAUUGAAGAUUUUGCAGCUGCAUCUGAAGGAGAUUGUGAGGUUUUACAAGGAGGAUGUUUAUGGAUUUGGGCUAAGAGGUUUGGCAAAAGUGUUCGCUGAUGGUUUGCUACGUAGUAAUGAGAUGAUGCGCCGUAGUGAAGCAGAGGACAUCAAGGAUGCUUUAUGA